AUGAUGCGACUGCUGUGUGAUGCUGGUGCACAACCAGAAAAGAAAGACGACAAUGGUUGGACAGCGCUUCAUUACGCUGCCGCAUGUUCUACUGGCCUUGAAGUCAUUCAUUUCCUGUGUGAGAUGCUAAACGACGAUUUCAUCGACGCCCAGUGUACCGAAGGAAACACAGCUCUUCAUGUGGCAGCUGGCUGCGGCUGUCUUGAAAAUGUACGCGCUCUACUUGAGACUGCAGCGAGCCCACAUAUCAGCAACUUGAAUGGAGAGAGCGCCUAUCACCUUGCACUACGUAAUCACCGCAUCCAGUGUGCUGUAGCUAUCAACGAUUAUCAAAAGUGGAUCGAAAGCUUUACAGAGGAUGGAUACCCAUUUUACUACAACACAAACACGGGCGAAUCGUCUUGGUACAAACCGGGAGACAUUCUACGAGAUACGACGGGAGAGCAACUUCCGCUUUGCUUGAUCCCGAUGGUUAGCCCUUUGACCUCUCUUGACAACCCGACGGCUGCAGCGAAAUAUGAAGCUGCACGUCGGAGAGCACGAAAACAGAGGAGACGUCGCCAGUCGAAGCUAUAUCUUGUUCAUCAUCACGAAGCUGCUGUUUUGAACGGGACAAGGCAAACCAGUAAGCCCUACCAGAAGUACUAG